GGACGCCGUAUUACGCAACAAAUUUCGUUUCAUCACAAUUUGUUUCACUUUGUUUUAUCUUACUUUCGACUACGCCGCGCUCGGCGACGAAGAGAUUCGAGAGAUUGUAUACAAUUUAUAAUAUCCGCGGAAUCGCUUCAAAUUGCGUUUACGUAACGUACGUUAUAGCUACGUCGUGGCGAAACAUUAUCGCGAGAAAAUUGUAUUGUGAACGAUUCCGUUUCCAACAUUUCGCGAAGGUGUUUCUAGGACACUCGGUAUAACUUCGCUAUAUACGUAUCGCACGACGGGGCCGACGUGACUUGUUCAGUGACAAUCAUGGCUGAGAUAAAUCCAUAUAAACAUCUAUUAAAACCCCUCAAAAUUGGAUUGAAGGAGUGUCAAUAUUAUGAUAUUGGCAGUUUUGGCAUAAAAUAUGACAGGCUUCCAUUUUCUAUUCGAGUUCUCUUGGAAAGUGCUGUGCGUAAUUGUGACAAUUUCCAAGUAACAAAGAAUGAUGUUGAGAAAAUUUUGGAUUGGGAGAAUAAUCAGACUAUUCAAGAUGGAGUUGAAGUGGCUUUUAAGCCAGCACGAGUUAUAUUGCAGGAUUUUACUGGAGUACCAGCAGUUGUGGAUUUUGCUGCGAUGAGAGAUGCUGUAAAGAGACUCGGUGGUGAUCCUAAUAAGAUUAAUCCAGUUUGUCCAUCAGAUCUUGUAAUUGAUCAUUCAAUACAAGUCGAUUUUACAAGAAGCAAUGAUGCUAUAAAGAAGAACGAAGAGCUUGAAUUUGAAAGAAACAAGGAACGUUUUAUGUUUCUCAAAUGGGGUGCAAAGGCAUUUCAGAAUAUGUUAAUUGUACCUCCUGGAAGCGGUAUCGUUCAUCAAGUGAAUUUAGAAUAUCUGGCUAGAGUAGUAUUUGAUUCCAACAAUCUUCUGUAUCCUGAUAGCGUAGUUGGUACUGAUUCUCACACUACUAUGGUCAAUGGUUUGGGUGUCCUUGGAUGGGGAGUCGGUGGUAUUGAAGCAGAGGCCGUUAUGCUUGGUCAGGCAAUUUCUAUGUUAAUACCAAAAGUCGUGGGAUAUAAAUUGGAAGGUGUAUUGAGUCAAUACGCUACAUCCACUGAUCUUGUUCUUACUAUUACAAAGAAUCUUCGACAAAUUGGAGUAGUUGGAAAAUUUGUCGAAUUCUUUGGACCAGGCGUUACACAGUUAAGCAUCGCAGAUCGUGCUACUAUUUCUAAUAUGUGUCCGGAAUAUGGCGCAACCGUUGGCUUUUUCGCAGUAGAUCAACAAAGUUUAGCAUAUCUCAAGCAGACAGGUCGAUCCGAAGAACAUAUUGAUAGGAUUGAGAAGUAUCUUAAAAGUGUACGUAUGCUGAGGAAUUAUGAUGAUCCGAAUCAAGAUCCAGUCUUCUCCGAGAUGGUCACUUUAGAUUUGAGCACUGUAGUUUCGAGUGUUAGCGGACCCAAAAGACCUCACGAUAGAGUUUCAGUAUCCGAUAUGCAAAUAGAUUUCAGAAAUUGUCUUGUAAACAAGGUAGGCUUUAAAGGCUAUGGUUUAACUCCGGCAAAAGUAGAUACCAUAGGCAAAUUUAAAUAUGAGGAUAAAGAAUAUGAAUUGAAACAUGGCUCAAUAGUCAUUGCAGCUAUUACCAGCUGUACAAAUACCAGCAAUCCUAGUGUUAUGCUUGGAGCAGGUCUUCUUGCUAAAAAGGCAGUGGAAGCUGGUUUGAGCGUCCAACCAUACAUAAAAACAUCAUUGUCACCUGGUUCUGGAGUCGUUACUUAUUAUCUUGAGGAAAGUGGUGUAAUUCCAUAUUUGACAAAGUUAGGAUUUGAUAUCGUUGGUUACGGAUGUAUGACCUGUAUUGGAAAUAGCGGUCCACUUCCUGAUAUUAUAGUCGAAACUAUUGAAAAGAAUGAACUCGUCUGCUGUGGAGUUCUGUCAGGUAAUAGAAACUUUGAAGGCAGAGUCCAUCCGAAUACACGAGCGAAUUAUUUAGCGUCUCCACUUUUGGUCAUAGCCUAUGCCAUUGCUGGCACUGUAAACUUUGACUUUGAGAAACAGCCGCUGGGUUACAAAAAUGAUGGUACCCCGAUAUUUUUGCAAGACAUCUGGCCAACCAGAACAGAAAUUCAAACUGUUGAACAGAAAUAUGUCAUCCCAGCCAUGUUCAAAAAAGUCUAUAGUAAAAUUGAGCGUGGUAGCGAUAAUUGGGCGAAUUUGGUAGCACCUGAUGGCAAGUUAUAUCCAUGGGAUGCUAAUUCUACAUACAUCAAGAACCCACCGUAUUUCGAUACUUUGCAAAAGAAAUUGUUUCCAAUAAAAUCGGUCACGAAAGCGCGAGUGCUUGUAAAUCUUGGCGAUUCCGUUACGACCGAUCAUAUUAGCCCGGCAGGUAGUAUCGCACGUAAUUCGCCAGCGGCGAGAUAUCUAGCCAGUCGUGGCUUGACGCCAAAAGAUUUCAAUUCUUAUGGCUCACGUAGAGGAAACGACGCUGUGAUGGCGCGAGGCACGUUUGCUAACAUUCGUCUCGUAAAUAAAUUCAUCGGUAAAGCAGGACCACGAACUAUCUACAUUCCAACUAAUGAAGAGAUGGAUGUAUUUGAUGCGGCCGAAAAAUACGCGAAAGAUGGAACACCUCUCAUUGCUCUGGUUGGCAAGGAAUACGGAUCUGGAUCUUCCAGAGAUUGGGCCGCUAAGGGACCGUAUCUGCUCGGUAUUCGAGCCGUUAUAGCAGAAUCGUAUGAAAGAAUACACAGGUCGAAUCUUGUAGGUAUGGGCAUUGUUCCAUUGCAAUAUCUUCCUGGAGAAAACGCAGAAUCUUUAGGAUUAACAGGUUACGAACAAUACGACAUCGCGAUCCCUGUGAAUUGUCAACCCGGAGAAAAAAUCAUUGUGAAUACCGAUAACGGCAAGAAAUUCGAAGUUGUUGCACGGUUUGAUACAGAAGUCGAUUUAACCUACUUCAAACACGGUGGUAUUCUUAAUUACAUGAUUCGAACGAUACUUUGAUGAAUCUAAAAAGAGAAAUAUAUAAAUAAUCCUCUUAGAAGGUUACUUAAUGAGAUACUUAAUAUUGGUUUUGGGAUAUAAAAUGUAUCUCUUUUAAAUAAGAUUAAGUUUCAAAUACAUGGAAGAAAUAUAAAAUAA